CCUUUCUUUAACAAUACAACGGCAUGAGUUAUUCCCUGAAUUGGAAAGCUCUCAGCUCCAAACUCAACAAGCAGUCGUCAAAGAAGAGCCUGCAAAAUGGUAUCAAGAAGAAGAAAUCUCCAAAAACACAGCAUAAAGAUAUAGCAGCAUCAACCAAGAUAACAUCAGCUAUAAGUAAGUCCAAUGAUGUAAAAGUCAUCGAUCACGAGAUACUUUCACCUCUUGAGGCUGCAUUGUGGUCCAAAGAAAAUGAAAUAACUGCCGGUGAUAUACCACGUACGCCUCAGGCUAUCAAGAUUUCGAAUAAUAGUAAGCAUCAACGUAAGAAAGGACCCGGGAAGUACUUAUCGAUGGAUUGCGAGUUUGUAGGCGUUGGUCCAGAAGGAAAGGAAUCGGCUUUGGCCAGAGUAUCUAUUGUUAAUUUCUAUGGGGUUGUGAUCUUAGACACUUUUGUCAAACCAAGUGAAAAGGUUACUGAUUGGAGAACUUGGGUAUCGGGAGUUAGUCCUUUCAAUAUGAAAGAUGCCAUUACUUUUCAAGAAGCUCAAAAAAAAGUGGCCGAUCUUUUAAAAGAUAAGAUUUUAGUAGGGCAUUCAGUGAAUCAUGAUUUAGAAGCAUUAUUCUUAUCUCAUCCAAAAUUCAAAAUACGGGAUACUUCGAAAUAUGGUCGGUUUAAAGAAGUCUCAAAAGGAAAAGCACCUGGUUUACAGAUGCUUUCUGAGCGGUUUUUGAAUGUAACCAUUCAGACUGGGGCACAUUCAUCAGUUGAAGAUGCUAGAGCCACAAUGGCUUUAUUCAGAAUGGUGAAGAAAGACUUUGAAAAAUCAUUUUAAUUCUCGAUUUAUUUCUUUUCAUU